AUGUUGGUCAGCCUGUUUUUGGCCAGGUUGAGGGUAGAGGUUACCUCCGCCGGACGUCGAAUAACUUCCCAGCUUUCAAAAUUUUCGUAUGUCGUCUCGCACUUGCCACCCGAGGCCGCUGCAGAAGUGCGCGACCUUAUUCUUCAGCCACCCUCUGAGACUCCGUACGACACCUUAAAGACCGAGCUAAUCCGCCGCACGGCCGCUUCGGAACAACGACGCUUGCAGCAAUUGCUCACUAGCGAGGAGCUCGGAGAUCGUAAGCCCACCCACCUCUUGCGCCGCAUGCGCCAACUCCUGGGAGAUACUUCCGCUGAUGAUGUCAUACUACGUGAGCUCUUCCUACAGCGCCUACCCCACCAUGUCAGGCUCAUAUUGGCUGCUGCCGAACUCACAUCUCUCGAUGAACUAGCCAAAACGGCCGACCGUAUUAUGGACCUGCAGGGCCUUCCCGUUCUUGCUGCGUCGAGCCAGACCUCCCAGUCAAGUUAUCCCACCCGGCUGUCAUACGAUGCUGCCCCUUUCCCCCUACCAGAUCCCACUAUCGCGACCUUGACUUCCACUGUCCAGCAUUUGCAAGCCGCAGUUCAGGCGCUUCGCGUCGAAGUCGCUGCUAUCUCCCAUCCACCCAGAGCUUAUUCUCCUACAUAUCGCCGCCACCGAUACCACAGCUCUCCUUCUCCUGCCAAUGGGUACUGCUGGUACCAUGACACCUUUGGAGUCGCUGCCCGCAACUGCAAAUCGCCGUGCUCAUUGCAGGGGAACGGAAGUCCCAACCAUUAA